AUGGCCCGCAUGAACCGCCCGGCGCCUGUGGAGGUUUGCUACAAGAACAUGAGAUUCCUGAUUACUCACAACCCAACCAACGCCACUCUGAACACCUUUAUUGAGGUAAGUCCGCCUGAGCAAAUUGGAAACGUUGGGGUCGAAUCGGAUUCUGCGAUUGCCCAUUGGUUUAAAGGCCCUCUUGCAGGUUCCACCAAUAAUAAUAAUAAUAAUAAUAAUAAUAAUAAUAAAUUUGUACCCUGCCCAUCUGGCUGGGUUUCCCCAGCCUCUCUGGGGGCUUCCAACAAAGAUUAAAAAUACAAUAAAAUGUCACACAUUAAAAACUUCCCUGAACAGGGCUGCCUUCAGAUGUCUCCUAAAUGUCAGGUAGUUGUUUAUCUCUUUGACAUCUGAUCGGACGGCGUUCCACAGGCAGGUGCCACUACCGAGAAGGCCCUCUGCCUGGUUCACUGUAGCUUUACUUCUCUCAGCGAGGGAACCGCCAGAAGUCCCUCGGCGCUGGACCUCAGUGUCCGGGCAGAACGAUGGGGAUGGAGAUGCUCCUUCAGGUAUACUGAACCGAGGCCAUAUAUGUUGGGGUUCCGCUCUAGCAGAUGUUUUUGAGGGGGACGGACGCAAAGGGCAGCGGCCAACGAAACAAUUGUGCUUGGGGACCGAGGAACCUGCGCAACGGACACUGCUGCCACCCCCAAAUCUGCUUUAUUUGGUUCUGGGAAACCGCAGAACAGAUUUAGGGGAUAACCAGGGAGGGAGAAUCCCAUAGUCACUGCUUUGAAUACAACCCCAAAAAGUUAAGACUACAUCACUUUUCCAGGAGUCUGUUCCAGAAAUGUUGCAAGGGAGAUUCCUGUUCCCUAUCCAAUCACAGGUCAAGGGCAUAUCGAGUUAAGAGCUGGAGAGAAAGAAUCUCUUUUCUCCCACCCCAAAAGCGCUCCCAGAGAUUUCAGAGAGUUGGAGCAGCUGUAGAGUAGAAUUUGGGGAGUCUCCCAUCUCGGUUAAAGACAGCGGGUGAGAGUCUUAAGCUUGCACAUCCUUGCAUGUCAAACAAAGAAGGGUGUAUUUUCCCCCGACGUUCUCUCACUUGUUAACUGGAGAGGGAUUCAGUCUGAAUGUUAGGUGCCUUGUUCAGAAAGCCUCCUUAGUCACCAUAGGAGCUCCUGACGGCUUCAGAGUAUGUGAAGAUUACCUGAAGUUCUGACGUACUUGGAAAAUUCUGAAGGAUCUCGGCUGCCAGCGGUUCAGAUAAGCCACAAACUUUUGGCACCGCUGCUCCUGCAGAAAAUUGGUUUGCUGUCUUCACGUCCACCUCCUAGACGGAGGGACUGUUUGUUUAGCCUACUUAAAGGUUACCCGCUUGCUGAACUUUGGGCCUACUCAGUGUCUGUAUCAGCCGUCGCAAGCUGCAAAAUAAAACCAUUUUGGAUAGAUCUGUGGUUCCCAGACACUUUGAGGUUCUGCCUCCUCAGUUCCAGAAACUCACCCCUAAAUUCCCCUUGCCCUGCCCUAUGAAAAAAGCAUCAAUCAGAAUAUCGGUUUGCACAGCCCACUAAGGAAGAUAAUAACACAAUAAAAUUCAAAACAGUAACAAUUGCGCAUUCAUUCUGAAUGCAAGUAAAACUGUUUAGUUGGAUUAAGACCAGCUUUCCAAAGCGUGAAAUUCAUUCCGCACCCCGCUUGCCCCUUAGCACUGACCCCCAAGUUGCCCCCAGCGGGUGGUUCCUUUUCUCCCUGUUUUCCUGGAGGUGAUUUUUACUCGCUCGGCAAGGGAUCUGGUUCGCAGAAAGAUUGUUUUGGCUGAAUUGUAAUUGGCUGGGCCUGGAGAGUCAACAAUCAAAAGGAGUUUACCUUUGAAAGUAAGGUAAUAUUUAGACCAGCAAGGUCAAAGCUGUCUGCAUGGAGCCAGCGGAAGAGCUCAAAGUGUCAUCAUUCUUCACCCCUGAGAGUUUCCAUUCAGCCCCCCAGAACAGCAAGUUGCCCAUAUGAAACAGGGGUGGUCACCCUUUUAGCCUCUUGAAAGGGCACUCAACUACAAAUCCCAUCAUCCUUGGCCUUGCUGGCCAGGGACGACGACGAUGAUAAUAAUAAUAAUUAAUAAUAAUUUAUUAUUUAUAUUCCGCCCAUCUGGCUUCCAACAAAGUAUUAAAAUGCAGUAUGUUAAACAUUAAAAGCUUCCCUAAAGAGGGCUGCCUUCAGAUGUCUUCUAAAAGUCUGGUAGUUCUUCUCUUUGACAUCUGGUGAGAGGGCGUUCCACAGGGUGGAUGCCACCACCGAUAAGGCCCUCUGCCUGGUUCCCUGUCAUUUGGCUUCUCGCAGCGAGGGAACCACCAGAAGGCCCUCGACGCUGGACUUCAGUGUCCAGGCAGAAUGAUGGGGGUGGAGAUGCUCCUUCAGGUAUACUGGGCCGAGGCCGUUUAGGGCUUUCAAGGUCAGCACCAACACUUUGAAUUGUGCUUGGAAACCUACUGGGAGCCAAUGUGGGUCUUUCAGUCAUGGGAGUUGCUAGUGCACCUGGAAGAGCAAACUGGGAGGGGUAGCUAAUACCGCAGAAGACAGAAUCGGGAUUCAGGGUGACCUUAACAGACUGGAGAACUGGGCCCAAACUAACCCAGUGAAUUUCAGUAGGGACAAAUGGCAGGUUUUGCUCUUGGGCAGGGAGAAUUGUAUGCACAAAUGCAAGACGGGGAACUCCUGGCUUACUAGCAGUACAUGUGAAAAGGAUCUAGGGGUCUUGGUGGAUCACAAGCUGAACAUGAGUCAACAGUGUGAUGCAGCAGCAAAAAAAGCUAAUGCUAUUCUAGGCUGCAUCAACAGAAGUCUAGUGUCCAGAUCAAGGGAAGUAAUAGUACCACUCUAUUCUGCCUUAGUCAGACCACACUUGGAAUACUGUGUGCAGUUCUGGGCACCACAGUCUAAGAAGGAUGUUGACAGGCUGGAAGGUGUGCAGAGGAGGGAGACCAAGAUGAUCAGGGGUCUGGAAACCAAGCCUGAUGAGGAAUGGUUGGAGGAGAUGGGUAUGUUUAGCCUGGAAAAGAGGAGACUGAGAGGAGAUACGAUAGCUAUCUUCAAAUAUCUCAAGGGCUGUCACAUGGAGGAGGGAGCAAGCUUGUUUUCUCCUGCUCUGGAUGGCAGGACUCGAACCCAUGGCUUCAAGUUACAAGAAAGGAGAUUCCGACUCAACACCCGGAAGAACUUUUUGAGAGCAAGAGCUGUUUGACAGUGGAACAGACUCCCACAAGAGGUUGUGAACGCUCCUUCCUUGGAGGUUUUUAAGCAGAGGUAGAAUGGCCAUCUGUCAUGGAUGCUUUCGUUGAGAUUCCUGCAUUGCAGCGGGUUGGACUGGAUGACCCCUGGAUCCCUUCCAACUGAUUCUAUGAAGCCACCAGGCACAACUUUGUUCUCUUAGGCUGUGUGCACAUUUUACCUUUAAAGCCCAUUCCAUGCACAUUUGCCCGCCCCCAAUUAUUCUGGGCAAUGUAGUUUGUCAAGGGUUGUUUGGGAUUGUGCCUCUGCGAGGGGUAAAACUACACUGCCCAGAAUUCUUUGCUGGUGGGGGGGGUGAUCUGAUUCUACUUUAAAAGGUAUCAUGUAAACUUAGCCAUAGUUCCCCCCUCCCCCCAUUUAUUUAUUUUUAUAGGGGCGGUUGAGAUGCAAAUGUUCAGACUACAUUUGGCAGGAGGUUCUGACCGCUUUGGCGGUUGAGCUUGCCCAGGCAGAUCCUUGGGAAUGCUGAAUUACGUCACUUGGUAACCAAACCAGGUGCCUGUUCUUCCCAAAAGCAGCCCUUGCUUUUACUUUGAAUGAAUUUACUUUCGUCACUCUACUUUGCCACAGGUCCCUUCCUGCGUCCCUAUUGCCUUUUUUGUUUUGUUUUUAAAGCCCACCCAGAUCUGCUUAAAAUUUGCUGGGCAGCUUUUGCCCUCCCCUUUAUACCUGGGCUUACGGCCAGGAUGCUGUUUUUAGCUGUUCGUCUCUUCUCUCUCUCUCCCCCGCCCCCAAUAGGCCCCCAAAACAGCUCUGUUGUCCGCAGAUGUUGAUCUGGUUACGUGGGCAACUCAGCGAACUUGCAACAUACCUACCGGGAUUAAAAAUAAAUGCCCUCGUUUAACCUUUGAGGGAGCAGCAAGGAAUAUCGCUGCCUUCCCUGGCUGGAGUCUGCUUUCUCUAAAGUAGGACUUGGAAGGAGAACCUUGUGGGAAGAGGAGCAACUAGGCCAAGGAUGCCGGACCUCAGCCAAGUGUAGACUUCCAGACCUCCCUCUCUCUCUGGCCCAUGAGAUCUAGUAACUUGAUCCUGUAUUUAAAACCCACGAGAUCUACUGAGAGCAAGUCUUUGCCUUCCUCUUUGUAACAGCCCUUUGGGGAUUUUAAGACAGUCGUCGAUGGCCCCACUUUGGGUAGUACAGUGGUACCUCUGGUUGCGAACAGGAUCCGUUCCGGAGCCCUGUUCGCAACCUGAAAAGAACGCAACCCGCGUCUGCGCAUGUCGCGAUUCGCCGCUUUUGCGCACACCGUCAUUUUGAGCGUCUGCGCAUGCGCGAGUGGCGAAACCCAGAAGUAACCCUUUCUGGUAUUUCCGGGUCGCCGCGGGACGCAACCUGAAAACGUUCAACCUGAAGCAAACGCAACACGAGGUAUGACUGUAGCUUCACUGUGGGCUUAGGCUAGAUCUGUAGAGUCGUCAAUCUCAACAAAGGCAUCCAUGAUAGGUAAACGUCCAACCUCUGUUGAAAAACCUCCAAGGAAGGAGAGUCCAUCACCCUCUUACUGUCAGAAAGCUUUCGCUGAUGUUAAACUGAAAUCUCCUUUCUUGUAACUUAAUGCCGUGGGUUCGAGUCCUACUCUCCAGCUUGCCAUCAGCCUUCUUAAAUUGUGGCACCUAGAACUGGACACAGUACUUGAGGUGUGGUCUGACCGAGACAGAACAGAGUGGUACUAUUACUUCCCUUAAUCGGGACACUGUACGUCUGUUGAGGCAGCCUAGAAACACCUCUGUAACACCUCUCUGGGGGGGCACCAGUUUGGAGAAGGCUGACCCCAAUACCAGUGUGGGGGACAUGGGCAGAACGUUUUUAAUAAGUUGCGCAAGAAUGCAUCAGGGAAGGAAGGAAGGAAGCAGUUCCACUUAGCCGUCGCAGGACUCCUGCCUCACUGAAGCAAAACGGCUUUCUGAACUGGGCUUCCGGUCGGCAGAGCGCGAGACACUUAAUCUCAGGGUUUGGGGUUCGAGACCCACGUUGGGCCAAAGAUUCCUGCACAACAAGCUACAUGAAGACCAGUAUACUAGAUAGCACUGUAAUUCUUAUUGCAUACUAUACAUGAUUUAGUACAACAGAAACAAAAUGUGUACACUUGUAAAUUCUCUAAUAUAUUUGAAAACAAAUGAACACGUCUGUCCAUCUUUGAAAGUCCGUAGAAGUAUAAUAAGUCUAUGGUUGAAGCAAAGUAAUAGAUGCUAUCCUGUGGGCUAAGCGGUAAACUUUGUAGGCGUUCACGGUGCCAAAGUAGUAAGUGAAUAAAAACGUAGGACAGUGAUCCGACUGUUUCGCUGGAAUCUUCUUUAGCACCACUACAAAAGAAUUCAAAUAUGAAGCAAUGACCUGUGUACAUGAAAGCUAUAUAAACUUCACACAUUACAACCCAUGUAUUACAAUCCUGAAGGAGCGUCUCCACCCCCAUCGUUCUACCCGGACGCUGAGGUCCAGUGCCCCUUCUGGCAGUUCCCGCAUUGUGAGAAGCAAAGCUACAGGGAACCAGGCAGAGGGCCUUCUCGGUGGUGGCGCCCACCCUGUGGAAGGCCCUCCCAUCAGAUGUCAAAGAGAUAAACAACUACCUGACAUUCAGAAGACAUCUUCAAGGAAGUUUUUAAUGUGUGACAUCUUAGUGUAUUUUUGGUCUUUGUGGAAGCUGCCCAGAGUGGCUGGGGAAACCCAGCCAGAUGGGCGGGGUACAAAUAAUAAAUUAUUAUUAUUAUUAUAUGCUACAACUACAAUAAGAAGGACAAAGGUACAUACCCCAUAGAUUAGAAAAAUGCACAAGGAGCUGUGGUCCUGUGGAUAUGUAACCACUGCUACCACUUGCAUGAAACCUGAAGCAUAAGUAACCAUUCCCAGGUGGCUCUCAUUACAGGGAGACUGAAUUGCAGUAGUUCAGUUUAAAGGUACAGUUUAAAGGAGGUUAGACCAGAAUGGCCCUUGUGGUCAGUCUACGAAGCCAUGAUUCAGGCCAGGGCAGCUAAAGUCUUCUUUUCCCCUUCUUCCCCUGCGCAGGACCUGAAGAAAUACGGUGCGACGACAGUCGUGAGGGUUUGCGAAGUUACCUAUGACAAGACUCCGCUGGAGAAAGAUGGCAUCACUGUCAUGGUAUGUGCCUUGGUCCCAUAAACAGCCUUGGGGAGGCUGAAAAGUCUCAAGCGUCUUCAAGUUUCCAGGUCUGAUAACCUGGCGGAUUUUGUUUUACUUUUCGCAGGCCAUCGGACUGGUACCCUCGUGCAAUGCUUCGGUGUACAUUGAUUGUUUAAGGAGUGCUUUUUAGCUCUGUACUGUUCGCGCCUUCGCGUUGUGGCUGCCUACCAUUAGGGUUUUGCGACAAUCUGGUUUUCAACAUUGUUGUUGAAUUUUAACAGUGAGAAAUGUAAAGUAUUGCACUUGGGCAAAAAAAAUGAGAGGCACAAAUACAAGAUGGGUGACACCUGGCUUGAGAGCAGUACAUGUGAAAAAGAUCUAGGAGUCUUGGUUGACCACAAACUUGACAUGAGCCAACAGUGUGACGCGGCAGCUAAAAAGCCAAUGCAAUUCUGGGCUGCAUCAACAGGAGUAUAGCAUCUAGAUCAAGGGAAGUAAUAGUGCCACUGUAUUCUGCUCUGGUCAGACCUCACCUGGAGUACUGUGUCCAGUUCUGGGCACCACAGUUCAAGAAGGACACUGACAAACUGGAACGUGUCCAGAGGAGGGCAACCAAAAUGGUCAAAGGCCUGGAAACGAUGCCUUAUGAGGAACGGCUAAGAGAGCUGGGCAUGUUUAGCCUGGAGAAGAGGAGGUUAAGGGGUGAUAUGAUAGCCAUGUUCAAAUAUAUAAAAGGAUGUCACAUAGAGGAGGGAGAAAGGUUGUUUUCUGCUGCUCCAGAGAAGCGGACACAGAGCAAUGGAUCCAAACUACAAGAAAGAAGAUUCCACCUAAACAUUAGGAAGAACUUCCUGACAGUAAGAGCUGUUCGACAGUGGAAUUUGCUGCCAAGGAGUGUGGUGGAGUCUCCUUCUUUGGAGGUCUUUAAGCAGAGGCUUGACAACCAUAUGUCAGGAGUGCUCUGAUGGUGUUUCCUGCUUGGCAGGGGGUUGGACUCGAUGGCCCUUGUGGUCUAUUCCAACUCUAUGAUUCUAUGAUUCUAUGAUUGUGAUAGAUCGCAAACUUCCUGCAUUACAUUACCUGGGGGUCCUUCCAACUCUACAUUUCUAUGGUUCCAUGAGUCAUCUCAGUUGUCUUUGCACUUGGGAGUAAUGAGCAAAAUGAAAAAAUGACCUGUGGGCACAGCCCCCUCAUGCUUUAGGGAAUGCCCCCCUCAAAAGCACAAAGAUGCCUGGGCAGGCUGGCUGACUGGCUCACCCUGUGACUUCUGCAGGGAAUGGCAGAGAGUUUUAAAGGGGCUUGGAUAUGAAACCAGCUGCUCGCGUUACCCUCUGUGAUUAUCUCGCAGGGAAGGAAUGAAAUUGCGCAUGUUUCAGCAGUUGCCUUUGAUUGUUUGAAGCCGUCAGCAAAAGAGAAAGAACAGUGUUUUGUUUUUUUCAAGCGCCUGUUCUGCCCUUUUAAUUAGAAAUAAUUAAAGACGGCGUUAGGACACAAUCUUCUGUGCUCACGGCAAGGAACGGCGUGGGAGAAGGUUGUGGCUUCGCUCAGGAGUAAUCUUUGCUUCCUGCUCCAGAAUGCAUGCUUCCAGAUCAGUAGUAUCUUUUCAGGCAGCUCUGUCUGGUUUCAAGCCCGGACUCAGGGCAAUUUGCUUCCCAAAAGUCGGGAGGUAACUUAACCGGUGGGGACGCGGGUGGCGCUGUGGGUUAAACCACAGAGCCUAGGACUUGCCGAUCAGAACGUCAGCUGUUUGAAUCUCCGCCCGGGGUGAGCUCCCGUUGCUCAGUCCCUGCUCCUGCCAACCUAGCAGUUCGAAAGAACCUCAAAGUUGUUGUUGUUUAGUCGUGUCCGACUCUUCGUGGCCCCAUGGACCAGAGCACGCCAGGCACUCCUGUCCUCCACCGCCUCCCGCAGUUUGGUCAAACUCAUGCUGGUCGCUUUGAGAACACUGUCCAACCAUCUCGUCCUCUGUCGUCCCCUUCUCCUUGUGCCCUCCAUCUUUCCCAACAUCAGGGUCUUUUCCAGGGAGUCUUCUCUUCUCAUGUGGUGGCCAAAGUAUUGGAGCCUCAGCUUCACGAUCUGUCCUUCCAGUAAGCACUCAGGGCUGAUUUCCUUCAGAAUGGAUAGGUUUGAUCUUCUUGCAGUCCAUGGGACUCUUUAGAGUCUCCUCCAGCACCAUAAUUCAAAAACAUAAAUUCUUCAGCGAUCAGCUUUCUUUAUGGUACAGCUCUCACUGUAAACUAGCAGUAUAGCAUAGUGCGGUGAUAUGGAGAGAAUGUCAGACAUGGGAAAUGAGAUCUGUAUUCAAGUCCCUGCUCAGCCAUGAACUGGAAAGAUGCAGAGCUCAGCUGUGGAUAUCUUCGGCUGACCUACUUUGCAGAGGUCUUAGUGGGAUGAAAGGGAAAGAACCAGGAAUGCCCUAUAAGUUUGCGAAUGGGGCUCCGGAACGGAUCGCAUUCGCAACCAGAGGUACCACUGUACAGUGGUUCCUUGGUUCUCAAACUUAAUCCGUUCCGGAAGUCUGUUCCAAAACCAAAGCAUUCCAAAACCAAGGCACACUUUCCCAUAGAAAGCAAUGCAAAAUGGAUAAAUCUGUUCCAGACUUUUAAAAACAACCCUUGAAACAGCAGUUUCACAUGAAUUUUACUAUCCAACGAGACCAUUGAGCCAUAAAAUGAAAGCAAUAAACAAUGUACUGCAGUCACACAAUCAAUUAAUCAGUAGCUGAACUGGGUUCCACAGUCACAAAAACAAAACAAAAAUGGCUGCAGAAGUGAAAAUAAAUAGCAGAAGCAGACAGACCUCAGUGUAACAUUCAAAACGGAAGUGUGGCACUCAAAAUGGAUCAUGUUUGGCUUACAAAAAAUGUUCGCAAACUGGAACACUUACUUGCGGGUUUGCAGUGUUUGGGUUCCAAGUUGUUUGAGUACCAAGGCGUUUGAGAACCAAGGUACCACUGUACAGGAGAGCAAUCCUGAAGCCAUUUUGACUCUUUCCAAAGGACCUCAAAUACUCGAGAAUCACCUGCCUCCUUCCCGGCAAAAGAUUCUCUGGGGGCCCCCUGGACAUCGUUUUGUUGUCAUGAAGAUUUCAUAGAAUCAACCCGCAGCUCAGUGGUGGAGCUUUGCGCCCUGGGUUCAAUCCCUGGUGUCUUGUGUUAAGAUUAGGUAGCAAAAGAAGGCAAAGAUCUUUUGUCAGUGAGCCACCGAGAAAUCAGAAGGCAGCCUGCCUAAGUUCAGAAGGCGAGGGCAUGAGCUGUGUCCUGAUCAAGGGAAGGGAUAGUACCACUCUUACUCUGCCUUGGUCAGACCACAACCGGAGUUCUGAAUCUUAAGAGUUGGAAGGGACAUCCAAGAAUCAUCUAGUCCAACCCCCAGCAGUGCAGGAAUUCCGGCUAGAGCAUCCCUGACAGAUGGCCAUCCCACCUCUGCUCAAAAUCUUCCAAGAAAGGAGAGUCCACCACCUCCCAAGGGAGACCGUUCCACUGUGAACAGCUUUUACUUUCAGGAUGCUUUCCCUGAUGUUCAGUGAGAAUCUCCUUUCUUGAAACUUGAAGCCACUGGUUCGAAUCUUGCCCUCCAAAGCAGGAGAAACAAGCUUGUUCCCUCUUCCAUGUGACAGCCCUCAAGACAUUCUAUCGUAUCUCCUCUUUUCCAGGUUAAACAUGUCCAUUGUUCGAAAUUAGCUGGGCGCCAGUCGCUUUUUAUAACUGGCAACCCGGCCUUUUGAAACUGGAUGGGAGAUGCCACAUGGCUGCUAGCAUUCCUAUCCCAGUUUUCUAACGCUGGUUCCAGCUUGUCAACAUCCUUCUUAAAUUGCUGUGCCCAUAAUAAUACACAGAAUUUCAGGUGGUAUUUGCGCUCAUGGUGGUAUCUGGCCAGUUAAGAAUAGUUAAGGUCUCUUCUUAGGUUUUAAAACUCCUUUAAUCUUUGCUAUUUUGCAAUAGAAGAUAGUUUUGUUGGUCUUUGGGGAAGAGCUAUGCAGAGCAUCAAAACCCUCCUUCCACCACCCAAAAGUUAACCAUUUCUCGCUUCCUGCAGUUUCAGCAGCCGUCGCCCAAGUAGCUUCAAGCAUAUCUCCACGGCCAUAUGGACUAGAAACUCAAUUUUUUUAAAAAGUAUGAGUGAAAGCUGAGCCCCUUGGCACUUGGUGGCUUCCAAACACUUUUCGAAGUAACCAAGAUUAGCUGAUAAUUCUGCGCACAAUGCACUUUUUGCGCUGCAGGGGAAUUGUGACCUGUGCAUGCAGUAAAGGACUGUUUCUUGCAGUCCAAGAGCAGAUUGCCAAACUUCCCUUGCCCAGUGCCAGAAAUGGCCACCAGGAAUGGAGUUUAAUCUGGCUUCUGUAGGAAAACAUCCUCUAUGGCGCCCAUCUCGCCAGCUCUGCUGCCUAUAUAUUUUUCAUUUAAGCACCUGUGCCGUACCACAAUUUUUGUUGUCUUUUUAACUAGCCCACCCAAGAGAGGUGGAGCCACUGGUGGUUUAGCAGUUAGAGUGUUUGACUGGGACCUGGGAGACCAGGGUUCAAAUCAAAGCUCACUGGACGACCUUGGAGUCAAUUCACGACCUCUCAGCCUUACGAGGAUUGAGGGGAGCAUGCAACUUUGAUCUCCUAGGAGAAAAAAGUGGGAUGUAAAUGCAAUAAAACCAAUCAGUCGUUAGGAUUCAUAAAUAUCGAUUAUGAUAAACGCUGCAAAAUUAGCACGAGAAACCUGCUUCAGAGUCUUAUCGAGGCAGAGGGAGAAAUCCCUUAAGAUGGGAUGUUGUUACGAGUGGCUGGCAGAUGAGCCAAGGCGACAGGGUGUAGCUGGGAGCGAAGAUUUCAUCCGAAGGCACGAGCCAGCUUUGUGAGCCUGGCAUAAGGCGAUUAACUGGCAAGCAGCAAAGGCAGGGCAGGAUUUGGGUAAAAAUAGAAGGCACAGAGGCAGACUGCAGAGUCCCUUUUAACUUUUAUUUGCACAAUCUGCCUAAUAAUAAUACAGUGGUACCUCUGGUUGAGAACAGGAUCCGUUCCGGAGGCCCGUUCGCAACGUGAAAAGAGCGCAACCCGCAGCGGCACGUUUGCACACACGUGGGUUGCGAUUUUGCGCUCCUGCGCAUGCGUGUGAUGUCAUUUUGUGCUUCGCAUGCAACAGUGGCGAAACCUGGAAGUAACCCUUUCCAGUACUUCCGGGUCGCCGUGGGAUGUAACCUGAAAGAACAUAACAUGAAGCAAACGUAACAUGAGGUAUGACUGUAGUAAGAAUAAUAAUAAUAAUAAUAAUAAUAAUAAUAAUAAUAAUAAUAAUGUACUUCUUGUCCCUUCAGGUUCGUUGUUUGCAAAUGUCAAUAAAUAAGGAAGACUUGGGGUGUUGGGAUCUCCAAGUUGCUCUCCCUGUGUCCUGGUUCACGUAAUACAAGCAAGCCAACCUCCCUUACCACGGGCUGCAGUCAAGGCUUAUUCUUAGUUACAGCUCGUGGUGAGCGAGAAACGAGCUUUUCCUGGGCACAGCGGAGGAGGAAAAGGAACCAGCACAUCCUCACGGUGCCAGCAAGCCAUAGUUUGGCUUCAUGUUUGCUUACCGCGACCCAUGAAUGGGGCAUGUGUACCCACCCCGGAAAAGCAGGAAGGUAGAGAGGGCUGUUGCGCUCAGGAGAUAAGGAUGCCGGAUUCGAUGGGUCACCGGCCUGAUCCAGGAGGAUCUCUGCUGUUUUUGUGACGGAGCAAUUCUGAGAUGCUCCUCCAAAGGCCAGUUCAGGUGCCUGAGGCUAAUGAGGUAGUUCCUGCAAGUUAGGAACAUGAGAAACCACCUGGUACUGAAUCCGACCGUUAGUCCAUCAUCAGGCUCAGUGUUGUCUUCACUGAGUGGGGAUCUGGACUCCCAGGCCCUAGUCCAAAACUUUAACCACUACACCACCCUGCCUACCAAGAGUCAUUCUGCUUUGGGGCAGCUCUAUCAAUUAAGUAGGGAAAUAAAUACGGGUAAAGCAAAAUGUCACUUAGAGAAGGAUCUGAAAUAUUUUCCUUGGAGCUUGAACGCGUUUUAUUCCGGAUUGGUUUACAGUCAUACCUCGGGUUACAGACGCUACGGGUUGUGCAAUUCCGGGAACAGUUACUUCCUGGUUUCGGCACAUGCGCAGAAGCGCCGAAUUGCGACCCACGCAUGCGCAGACACGCGGGUUGCAAAUGAGCCUCCCACACAGAUCACGUUUGGAACCCGAGCGUCCACUGUAUUUGAAGUUUUAAUGUGUUGAAAACCGCUUUCAGAUUUUUUCCCCCUUUAAAAUAUAAACCACUAUAGAAAUGAAAUGAAUAGUGAUGAUGGUGAUAAAUCCCACAAGGGAAAAAAUUGGGCCUAGACAUUUGGUUGUAGCGACCAUAACCUAGGUUUCAGGUGCCAUUUGGCAAAAAGCUUGCGUAUCUGAGUUUCUGGCACUGUUUCCCAGGGGCACGAAAUGUUGGGGUGGCGAGAGGAUGGAGGAAUAACUUAACCCCACUAUUUUCCUCUUCGUUUCAUUUGCAUCGUCACACCCUCUGCCAACCCUCUCCCCCCCCCCCCCCGCUGAAAUUAGGCUUGAAAAUAGCAUUCGGUUGCAGCCGAUGAGUUGUGUUGUGUGUAUAUCAUUGUUGUGACGCUGGUGCGUACGUUGUUGCUGUUAUUCGUAAGAGUUGGGAGGGAGAGUUGAGAGUUUUUGCAGGGGUGUUGUGAGGAUGAAUUUUUGGGGGGAGGGGAGCCAGCUGUAACACCUUAGGCUCCUUGGAAGAAAACGGUGAUGUUGUUGUUGUUGUUGUUUAGUCAUGUCCGACUCUUCGUGACCCCCUGGACCAGAGCACGCCAGGCACUCCUGUCUUCCACUGCCUCCCGCAGUUUGGUCAAACUCAUGCUGGUAGCUUCGAGAACACUGUCCAACCAUCUCGUCCUCUGUCGUCCCCUUCUCCUUGUACCCUCCAUCUUUCCCAACAUCAGGGUCUUUUCCAGGGAGUCUUCUCUUCUCAUGAGGUGGCCAGUAUUGGAGCUUCAGCUUCAGGAUCUGUCCUUCCAGUGAGCACUCAGGGCUGAUUUCCUUAAGAAUGGAGAGGUUUGAUCUUCUUGCAGUCCAUGGGACUCUCAAGAGUCUCCUCCAGCACCAGAAUUCAAAAGCAUCAAUUCUUCAGUGAUCAGCCUUCUUUAUGGUAAAACGGUGAUAUGUAAAUGUAAUAAACAAACGGCAAGUGAAAUUUUGGCAGAGGCAGAUACAGGGGUGCAUGACUGCUUUUCCUGCCCUGGGUGCCCCAACAAUGGCAGACAAUGAAAGGCAAGGGGGAGGCACUCAGUUUUGGCGUCACACUGGGCACUGCUGAAAUUUUAAAGUCCGGCAUCCAGCACUCAAUUUUGGACGCGUGGAGCUGUUUCACUCUCACUGGACACACGUUCUCAACAUCCUGCCUCCUUGUCGUUUUUCUCCUCUUGAUUAUUGUAACUCGCUCUACGUGGGGCUGCCCUUGAGACUGACCCAGAAAUUCCAGCGGGUGCAGAAUGCUGUGGCAAGACUCCUUACGGGGUCCUCGCCGCGGGAUCACAUUCACCCGGUGCUAUACCAGCUGCACUGGCUCCCGGUGGAGUACAGGAUCAGGUUUAAGGUGCUGGUUUUAACCAGCCCUAUCAGGCCUAGGACCCUCGUACCUACGGGACCGCCUCUCCUAGUAUGUCUUACGGAGGACCUUACAGUCUUCAAACAAAAGCAUCUUGGAGGUCCCGGGCCACAGGGAGGUUAGGCUGGCCUCAACCAGAGCCAGGGCCUUUUCAGUGCUGGCCCCGACUUGGUGGAACGCUCUGUCACAAGAGACCAGGGCCCUGCGGGACUUGACAUCUUUCCGCAGGGCCUGCAAGACAGAGCUGUUCCGCCUGGCCUUUGGCCAAGGCACAGUCUGACCCCCUCCUCACAGAACUCUAGCCCAGUGGUUGCCAUUAAUUUGCUUUGAACUGAUUUUAAAAUGAAUUGAUUUUAGAAUGCUGUGUUACUUAUAUUGUUGUUAGCUGCUCUGAGCCCGGCUUUGGCUGGGGAAGGCGGGAUAUAAAUAAAAAUUUAUUAUUAUUAUUAUUAUUCCUUCUCUCUUAAGAGACGAAACAAAAGGGGGCUUUCAUGCGCCCGAAUCUGUUUCUGCUUUGUGCGGGUGCCGUUGAUUACGUCCCCGCAUGGUUCUCGUUUCACGUCGAACAAGGCGACAUUGUGGUUUCCUCCUUAUCGGCCUCACAUCGCGUUUUGCGGCCGGGAGCCUGAAAACUGCCUGUCCUAUUUACCUUGCAUGGCCCUUUUCCUCCCCGACCCGCCCGGUCCUUGGAAAGGAUUUGCAGAGGCUUGGUUGGUGAAACUCCUCUCUCUCUGUCUCUCUCUUCCCCCCCACCUAACCCCAAACCCCUUCUAAAUGGGCAGCUUGUCGAGAGCUGCUCCUGGACACCGGCCAGCUUGCAAACAUUUUUUCUCUAUGCAAAGAAGAGAGAGAGAGCCUGUUUGCAAGAUGAAAAUCAGAUCACCCAGAGUCUGUCUUUUCCUUUUCUCUGCAUCCCUCUUUGGGGGUGCCAGUCUUGCUUUUGGGAGGGGUGUUGCUGACAGGCUUUCCUUUCUCGUUUUUGCAAAACGGGCUCUGCUGCAAGGCUGAUCCUAAUAGCAAAGGCCCAGCCUGCGUUCCAGGUCUCCGUAGCCGGGAGAGAAGACAGCUCCACGUCCUAGAAAUGAACUAUUUACGAGCCGCAUCUGUGAAACCUCCUCCUUGGGUCGGUGCCUCGCCGAUUACGCACAACCAGUGGAUUUAUCGCCAGCCCCAGGGGGGAAGGCCUUUUCCAGGCUUGACUGGCCCCCCUCUCUCCCUGUUCCCUUUCCUAUCCAAGCCUGUCUUCGUUCGUUCGAAAACAGGCGGCCGUUUAUGGUGCAGAAGGUUUUUCGUGUGCCUGCGUGCUCUUGUUUGCAAAGGGGUGGAAUCAAUCAAUCCUUUUGUCAGCUGCGGAACUCGUGGAUGAUCCCAACACGGUUGCACAGGGAAAUCCAGAUGGAUUUAUCCCAUGCCACAUAGAACCUAGCAGCCCAGAACGGUGUGUUAUAUAUCAAGUCAGGCCUACGUCCCGUCUAGAUCAGUUUUGUCUGCACUGAAUGAGAGUAAAGCUUUUCAAAAAAAUAUAUUUCAUUGGAAGAAUUUUAUUUAUGAAAAGAUAGAGUGACAAAGAAGAACGGAAAAGUGAGAAUGGAAAAGAGAAUAAAAAGUUACGGUUCUAUAAAUUAUUAUGGAAUACAAUAGUACCUCUGGUUGCGGAUGGGAUCCGUUCCGGAGGCCCGUUUGCAACAUGAAAAGCCCACAACCUGAAGCGCCGUAUCUGCGCAGGUGCGUGGCGUGAUUUGGCGCAUCUGCGCACGUGCGAGCGGCGAAACCCGGAAGUAAUCCUUUCCAGUACUUCCGGGUCGCUGUGGGACGCAACCUGAAAAAACGUAACAUGAAGCAAAUGUAACAUGAGGUAUGAUAGUAAUAGUAGUAGUAGUAGUAGUAGUAAUAAUAAUAAUAAUAAUAAUAAUAAUAAUAAUAAUAUUUAUACCACACCCAUCUGACUGGGUUUCCCCAGCCACUCUGGGUGGUUUCCAACAGAAUAUUACAAACACGAUAAAACAUCAAACAUUAAAAACUUCCCUAAGCAGGGUUGCCUUCAGAUUAUUAUUAUUUUAUGCUCUGCCCUUAAUACACAUAUAGUUCUCAAUAACCUAAUAUAGUUUCUGUAAAACUCACUCCAAAUAUCAUUGUAUUUAUCCAAAGGAAGUCUGCGUCUAUUAGGGUUAGGCGAUAUCUGUUUUUCAACAUUGCGAUAUAUCGCCAGCUAAACAUUGUGAUGUACUGAUAUAUCACGAUGUCUGAAAUAAGGAUGGAGCUAUGCAUUGGCUGGCUGCACAGUUUUUUCCUACGUUGUGUUUUUUUGCGUAGCACAUGAAACACACGCAUCAGGAUUUGUGAUUUAUUGCAAGGUCAGAAAUUAUGGAACCAAUAUCACAAUAUGGACUUCAAACCAAUUUGAGACUAUUUACUGAUAUAUCUCCCAGGCCUAGCGUCUAUAAGCAGCCUGUUCAUAUAUUGUUAUGUUCAACUUUGAGUUUAUAAAAAUGGCAAAUGUUUUAAUGCAGCCUUUCUCAACCUGUGGGUCCUCAGAUGUUGUUGAACUACAACUCCCAUCAUCCCUGGCUAGCAAGGCCAGAGCUCAGGGGUGAUGGGAGUUGUAGUCCAACAACAUCUGGGGACCCACAGGUUGAGAACCGCUGGUUUAAUGCAUACUUUUUAAGCUUUGUGUAUAACUUUUUAAGGUCACUUAUAAGAUGAAGAAGGUUUUAAAAAUGGAUUAUUAAAAAUAUAAGGUGUUAUAGACGUGCAUGAACAAGUCUAAAAUAAUGGAACCAAGGGGAGGGGAGGGAAGUCAAGCCAAACGUUAUGGUUUUAAAAUGUGUUUAUGAUUUUUUUAGAUAUAUACAUAUAAAAUCAAUAAAUUGCUUGUAAAAAAAACAGCCCAUGCAUAUAUUGUUAUGUUCACAUGUUGUUAGGUUCCCAAGCCAUUGAUUAAGGGGAAUUGUAUCUCUGUUCUUCCAGUUCAUCAGUAUCAAUCUCAUUAGUGCGCUUAGAGUAAUUCUGAGAAUAAACUUGUAAGAAAAUUAAGGACUCUUGGAAUGUAAUUUAUAAUGAACUUAAAAGAAUGAUUAAGGUAUCCUUCAUUUAAAAAAACAAAAAAACGCAGGAAUUUCUCCUGGGGAUACUAGGUCCAGAUAUACCUAUAAAUGCGAGAGAAAUAUUCUUGUACGCUACAGUAGCUGCAAGAAUACUAAUCGCCACAAAUUGGAAAGGAGAGAAAACUCCAAAAAGGUGGAGUGGCAAAAUUUGUUGGAGUACGCCCAGUUGGCAAAAAUGACAGAAAAACUGAGAGAUCAUACUGAUCAAACAUUUAUUAGGAAAUAGGAAAUGUACAAAAAAAAUACCUUAUUGAAUAUUGUAAUAACAUCACGCCAGUGGCAGGACUUUGAAUAACUUCUGUGGCAGGACGAUCAAUCAUAAGAGAACAUAACACUGAUGAAAAUUUUAAAAACGAAAAUGAAAAUUAAUUGUGCGCUAGAUAAAGCGGUAAAUACACAAUGGGGUGAUGGGAAAUUGUUAGAAACUGAAGAAGAAUGUACAGUGAUGUGACGCAACAAAUAUUAUUACUGUAUUUUUCGCUCCAUAAGACGCACCUGACUAUAACACGCAACUAGUUUUUAGAGGGGGAAAACAAGAAAAAAAAAUUCGGAACGAAACAGUGGAUGUAUGAUUUUUGUGGUUCAUGCUGUGGCCACAGACAUGUGAUUUGACAGUGAGUUUGGGAUAGCCCAAUGCAAAAAUCCUGAGAAUUCAUGUGGAUCCGUGCUUUGUAAUCAUGUUUUUGCACCAUUCCAUGAUCUGCUUUUCGCCCCUGGGCAGUUUGGCUCCAGGGAGCAUGCAUUUGCUCCAUAAGACGCACAGACAUUUCCCCUUACUUUUUAGGAAGAGAAAAGUGCGUCUUAUGGAGCGAAAAAUACGGUACUUUCUUUUCUUUUUCCUGAUUAACCCUUAUGUUUGUUACUUCUUUUUAAUCUCCAUAAAGCGUUAAAAAAAGAGGUAAAUAAACCUCUCUCUAUCUCUCUUUGUGCCCCCUCUCCUCCAGGACUGGCCCUUUGACGACGGCGCUCCGCCACCCACCAAGAUUGUGGACGACUGGCUGAACCUGCUGAAGACCAAGUUCUGCGAAGACCCCGGCUGCUGCGUGGCUGUCCAUUGCGUGGCUGGUCUGGGACGGUAAGCCGGAGCGCCGCGCUCUCAAAGGAGCCUGGGACUAUAUGGAGCUCCCCUCAGUCGAAGUCAGGCCAUUCUUCUGUUGGGAAAGCAUGAGGCUCUUCAUCUCAGUGUCCUGGGUUCAAGCAUUGGGCAGAAGAGUCCUGCAUUUCAAGGGGUCAGACUAGAUUUCUCAAACUUGGGUCUUUUUUGGGACUACAACUUCCUUCAUCCCUAGCUAGCAGGGCCCGUGGUCAGGGAUGAUGGGAGUUGUAGUCCAACUACAGCUGGAGACCCAAGUUUUGGAAACACAGGACUAGAUCAAGGGAAGUAAUUGAAUAAUAAUAAUAAUAAUAAUAAUAAUAAUAAUAAUACAGUGGUACCUCUGGUUGCGAACGGGAUCCAUUCUGGAGCCCUGUUUGCAAAUGAGCAGAACGCAACCCACGUCUUCGUGGUUCGCGAUUUGCCGCUCCUGCGCAUGCGCGUGACGUCAUUUUGAGUGCAUGCGUGAGGGGCGAAACCUGGAAUUGACCCUUUCCAGGUCGCUGUGGGACGCAACCUGAAAACGCUCAACCUGAAGCAAACGCAACAUGAGGUAUGACUGUAGUAAUAAUAAUAUAAUAAUUUAUUCAUUCCCCAGCCACUCUGGGAGGCUGCCAACAGAAUAUUAAAAAGACCAUAAGACAUCAAACAUUAAAAACGUCCCUAAACAGGAUUGCCUUCAGAUGUCUUCUAAAAGUCAGAUAGUUGUUUAUUUCCUUGACAUCUGAUGGGAGGGCGUUCCACAGGGCGGGUGCCACCACCGAGAAGGCCCUCUGCCUGGUUCCCUGUAACCUCACUUCUCGCAGGGAGGGAACCGCCAGAAGGCCCUCGGAGCUGGACCUCAGUGGCACCUGCCCUGUAAAACGCCCUCCCACCAGAUGUCAAAGAGAACAACAACUACCACACUUUUAGACGACAUCUGAAUGCAGCCCUGUUUAGGGAAGCUCUUAAUGUUUAAUAGACUAUUGUAUUUUAAUACUUGGUUGGAAACCACCCAGAGUGGCUGGGGAAACCCAGCCAGAUGGGUGGGGUAUAAAUAAUAUUCUUAUUCUUAUUAUUUAUUACACACACCCAGGUCUCUGGUUCCCCACCCCUGGAUUAAAAAGUGUGAGGUGCAAGCAUAGCACAAAAUACCAAAGAGACAACCAGCUAGGCUUAUAGGGAGAGUGACAACGGCCUGUGCAGGGCUUUAAGGUAAAGGGAAAGGGACCCCUAACCAUUAGGUCCAGUCGUGACUGACUCUGGGGUUGUGGCACUCAUCUCGCUUUAUUGGCCGAGGGAGCCGGCGUAUAGCUUCCGGGUCAUGUGGCCAGGAUGACUAAGCCGCUUCUGGCAAACCAGAAUUCGGGAAUUUGAACCGCUGACCUUCUGGACGGCAAGCCCUAGACUCUGUGGUUUAACCCACAGCGCCACCCACUUUAACCAGGGCUCUAACCAGCUGUAAAUAUCUAAAUGCUCAAGUCGGGAAGGGGGCGUGCUUAAUUAUGUUUACUGAAGCUGUGAAUGAAGUCCUGUGCCUUUUUCCUCCUCCUUCCCCCUGCAAAAAUAAAAAUGCCAGCCGUUUUUCUCUAGUUGAACUCUGUUUCUUCUUCCUAGUGUGAUGGUUUAAUCUUCUCUCUCUCUCUUUUAAACCAGAGCUCCGGUUCUUGUUGCGCUGGCGCUGAUUGAGAGCGGAAUGAAAUACGAAGAUGCCAUUCAGUUUAUUAGACAGUAAGUGCCUCUGAGCCGCCUGCUAAGAUCCAGAUUAAUGGCCCGGCGUUCCUAGACUGGCUUGAUACUUGUGGAGAGAGGAGUCGGGGGUUGCUUACGGAAAGGCAGAGGUCGUUCGGCCUAACGAACGCACCAAAAAUGCAAGCGUGCGGCUCACUGGCAUGGGUGCGCUCCACCCGGAAAGCCGAUCAGGUGCAGACUCGUAAGAGAAGGCUGGGGCAAGUGUUCCCCGCUUCUCAUGAACUCUUUAUUUCGGUUUAGCUGAAUGAAUCGGAACCUGACCUACAAAUUUACACAGGCAAAUCUGUUUGUUUAUGGCCAGGCUCCAAGGCCCAUGGAAAUUUAAACAUCAGUCUUUCCCCCCGCCCUCCCCAAAAUUGCUCUUCUGCUACGGAGGGGACUUUGAAAAACAUUUAGUAAAAUGCUUCUGGGCACUCCCGCGUCUCGAGACGCAGCUUUUGGACCCCAGCCUCGGUCUUCCAUAGUUGAUCAAGGUAAUGGGUAGAAAUACUGCUUGGUUUGUAAGUGGACUGACUUUAAGGGGCAGGCUUUUAUUAUGACAUGCCACUCGGCUUUCUCUUCCUGUCCUCAACAACUCGACUCUCGGCACACCUGACGAUGAUCUCAGUUUUGGUCCUGGUGCUAAACAUCUGGAAGAACUUUCUGACAGUAGGGUUCUGUUCAGCAAUGGAAUAGUCUCCCUCAGGAGGUGGUGGACUCUCCUUCCUUGGAGGUUUUUAAGCAGGGGUUGGAUGGCCAUCUGUCGGGGAUGCUUUAGCUGAGAUUCCUCAAUUGCAGGGCUGGGUUGGGCUGGAUGACCUCGGCGCCCCUUCCCACUCUUAAGAUUCUAUCAUUCUACUCUGCUGGAGUCAUAGUGGUGGCUGUACCACUUCGUAGUCCUAAGCAGUGUCCCACAUCUAAUUUCCCUUCCUACGGCAGCAGAAACCCUAAAUGGAGAAAGCUAGCCUAUCAAGAGGGACGUGGAUGGCGCUGUUGGGUUAAACCAUAGAGCCUAGGACAUGCCGAUUAAAAGGUCGGCAGUUCGAAUCCCCGUGACGGGAUGAGCUCCCGUUGCUCGGUCCCUGCUCCUGCCAACCUAUUAGUUUGAAAGCACGUCAAAGUUCAAAUAGAUAAAUAGGUACCGCUCCAGCUGGAAGGUAAAGGGUGUUUCCGUGCGCUGCUCUGGUUCGCCAGAAGCGGCUUAGUCCUGCUGGCCACAUGACCCGGAAGCUGUACGCCGGCUCCCUCGACCAGUAAAGCUAGAUGAGCGCCGCAACCCGAGUCGUCCACGACUGGACCUAAUGGUCAAGGGUCCUAGCAUAUCAAGAAGAAGGAUUUAGCUUAGCCUUGUUCUCCCUGAGAGGCUAACUUUUCCCAUGCAAAGAUGCAAGAGGAUUCCUGUAAUCCUGUAACAGUGACACCGUCGCAGCGAUACAGGAAGCUGUGUUAUACAGGCCAAGCCAUUGGUAUUCUCUAGUUUAGUGCUGCCUACACUGACUGGCAGCAUCUCUCGAGGGUUUCAGGCAGGAAGUCUUUUCCAGCUGCACCCAGAGACGCCCUUGGGGGAAUGAACCCUCAGCCUUCUGCAUGCUGAGCAGACGCCCUCCGGCUGAGCCACAACCCUUCCCCAAUUCCCUCGUCGCUAGCAGAAGCAGUACCUAAAGAGAGAGCUGUGCCAAUCUACUGAGGACCAGUCAUUCUGAGUCAGGGAUGUUUCGAUCCCGUGACGAGGGACGCUGCAGGAUUCUGCACUAACCGAUGCCGUUGGGAGGUUUAACCUGGAGCCUUCUGCAUGCCAAGCAACUGAUCUCCCUCCGAGGUGCAGCCCGUUGCUGUCGCAUGGCACACCCACCCACCCUGCCUCUCGCUUUCAGGGGGGUUAUUCUUGGGGAGCGGGGCGUUUGCCCUGCCAGAAAGUCAUCUGGGGUUAAGGAAGAACUAAAAUGAACCUUGGGGGGGGAGGGGAAUCCAGUGAAAACUGUCCGGCCGGAUCCGGCGAGGAUUACGGUCCAUCUGGCCGCAUCUCCUGGCUUGCAACUGUAAUAGCUGUGUGAGCCCUUCGUCGCCACCAGCUCUGCUUACGAGCUGGAGCCGAGCGUCCUGCUCUCAAUCCGUCCUCUAAUCUCCUUAGCGUGUUCUGCUAAGGCCACGGAACAGGGAUUUUUCCUUCAGUCUCUCCCUCGUGCUCUUGGCAGAGCAAGGACCUUGGGGAGGGGGCUGAACGGCCGGAAACAUCUCGUAUUGCUGCGGAAUCACAUUCAUCCAGUGCUUUACCAACUGCACUGGCUCCCAGUGGAGUACAGCGUCAGGUUUAAGGUGCUGGUUUUGACCUUUAAAGCCCUAUGCGGCCUGGGACCCUUGUACCUAUGGGACCACCUCUCCUGGUAUGCCCCGCGGAGGACCUUAAGGUCCACAAAUGAUAACAUUUUGGAGGUCGCAAGGCGGUUAGAUUGGUCUCAACUAGGGCCAGGGCCUUUUCAGUACUGGCCCCAACUUGGUGGAACGCUCUGCCACAAGAGACUAGGGCCCUGCGGGACUUGACAUCUUUCCGCAGGGCCUGCAAGACAGAGCUGUUCCACCUGGCCUUUGGUUUGGACUCAGUCUGACCCUUAUGUUUCCCUCCCCUUACAGUCCUGAUUUAUCGGCUACUUUUAAAAUGAGGCUGCAUUUUAAAUUGCAUUUUAACCUGUAUUUUGAAUGGUUUUUCUUUUUCUUUUCCCCCUAUCAUGUUUUUUUACUGUGAUUUUAUUGGUGUCAGCUGCCCUGAGCCCGGGAGGGCGGGGUAUAAAUAAAAUUUAUUUUUAUUAUUAUCAUUAUUAUGAUUAUAAGCCCCACCCUCCCGCAUCUGGACUUGAGGGCGCAGCUGGGGCUGCUCUGACCAGCCUGCAGCCCUUUCCCCCGACUCUGCAGAAGAAAAAGAGUUUUGCUGCUGCGCGGCCUUGGAAGCACCUAACUGGGGCUGGCAAAGAUAGCUUUUUCUUGCGGCAUGCGAUGGUCUCUUGGCAGGCAGGACCUCAGGGAAGGUUUUACUUGGGGUCAAGAAGCCGUGUGUGUGUGUGUUCAACGCUUGCAAGGUGUUUUUGAUCAGCACACCAAAGCUUUGAUUUUUCUAUCCCCUCCCUUCUCUCUCUGUCGCCUUGCCAGGAAGCGCCGCGGAGCCAUCAACAGCAAGCAGCUGACGUACCUGGAGAAGUAUCGCCCCAAACAGCGGCUGCGCUUCAGAGACCCACAAAACCACAAGAACAAAUGCUGCAUCAUGUAACCUCAGUAAUAGCCUUUUGCCAAAACACACACACACAAACUCCGCAAACACAGGGCUUGACCUCUGAAGUCCCAGGCGGCAACCUUCCCCACUGGGCAGGAUUCCCCUUGUUCAGCGCCGCCAAAUCCGGCAGCGCUGGGAUCUGAGCCUAGGGGGGAAGGUGGCUGAGUCCAUUCCCCCCCGCCCCACAAAAAAACUAGAAAUUAUGUUGUCGUUUUUCCCCCUGUCCCCCUCUCCUUACAGAACACUCGCCAAGUGCAACGAUGGCACACCACAAUGCAAUUGUGCUUCUGUUCCUUGGUGCUGGGGUGUAUCUAUCUGGGACCACCACAGCUCCUCUUCCAUGCCCCCCCCAAAAACACCUCCUUUCCAGGCAGGGGCAGGUCCCAGCAGGGGCCGAGUGGGAUUGCUUUCUUCUUGCAGCUCAAAUCGCUUGCCACUGCCUCAGCUCUCUCUGAUGCCAGCGUGGCUUCCGACGCACCAAGCCAAAAGCUCUUUUGGCAGUGCCACCCUGCCACUGCCCCCCCUUUCUGCUGGGGGUGGUGGUCUCAGAUUGACUUGGUGGGCACCGCAGGUUUUGCCAGGCCUUCUGGAGCCCAGGUGGAAAGUUGGCUUUGGCCAGAGGGAUGGCAUCGGUUGGGUAAUGGCGUGAUGGGUUAGUUGCCAUCUUCUUGCAAGGUAGUCUUUCUUGCAAGGUGGUCCUGUGGUCUUCUUGAGUGAUCUGCUGUGAUCUUUGAUCUAACCCCAUGAAGGGGGUUUCCUCACUCCAUUUGGAAAAGGUGCAGGGAAAUUUCUCUGCAAUGCACAUCAGAAAAGCAAACAGGCUCUCUGCCAAAGGCAUUGUAGUUCUACCUUGUGAGAUUCCGUCUCCCAGGUGCUACGAUUCCUCUGUGUGUGUGUGUGAUCAGAAGUUGAUCCCUUCACGUUUAAAUCAUCCGAUUCCCAUCCUUGCCUCUGCUUGCAAGGGCAUCCUAGGGUUGUAGCUCAUUGGCAAAGGUUUGGCUUACCUGCACGAGAGACAGGAGCGAGGUCAGGGGAGGCAGGUAGCCAGUAAAAAAUGGUUUUUGGUCUGAGAACAGAGGGCUUCAGGAAUGUUUGGCAUUGGGCUCAGGAACUGGGAAGAGGCGUGAGACAGACAGCUGUUUCAUGCAUGGAACGACAUCUGAUUUGAACAUGGAGGACUGCACAAUUUAUUCCUGUCUCCGCCCUAGGCCUUAAGAGAUCAGGCCAGGGGAAAGGAACCACUCCUGCCCCUUGCAGCUAUUCCUGCGGUCGCGGGACGUUUACGAGGAGAUCCCACUUCGUGGGAGAAGAAUAAAUGAGCAUGCAAUGUAAUUUUGGCACCCAGGGAGAUCCCCGGACCUUGUGGGUCCAGUUUUAAGAGACAGAGGAAGCUGGACCCAGGAGAAGGCAGGCUAAUAAAUUCUCCUCUGACUCUUCACAGGUUGUGA